CGCUCCUUCCGUCUUCACGAUAUCGCAGCAUAACCACGAGAAGCAGGCCUUUCCUGACUUGUUAUAUUCGGGCACCUGCGGACUGUAUUUUUUGAGGCGCUUCCAUGACUUCUGAUUAAUACUGCAAUCACUGUUGUUCUGUCGUCAUACUCUCAAUUAGCUGUCUGUUAUUCGAAUUUCGUGCACCUAUCACCAAAUUAAUCAUCUUCGGCACUAAGUAUCACAAGUAUUCUGUCUUGGUAUCAUUUCCACCUCUGAUCCUUGUUGAAAAAGGCACCGUCACCAGCUCGCUGAGCCAGGUCGCGCAUAUAAAUCAGGCCCACCCUUCGUCGUGGCUCAUCUGCUGUCAAUUCUCUGUUUCGAUUCACGCCUCUAACAUCUCCUGACCACUUCGGCCUUGUGAAAAUGUCGUCGUCCACUCUUGACUCGGUCAAGUUGACUGAAUCUACUACUGCGUCUUCUUCGGAGCCUACUCAGCGAUACAUGAAGUUCCCACCUAUCGAGGAACCCUUGGAGGUCAACAUGUCCUCGAUCCGGAUGAACUACCCUCAUGUCUACGUUUCCGAGAGCAAAAUAUUCACCAUCGACGAUCUCGAAAGCGUCGUGCGCCGGUUCUGCAAGAAAAAUAUUCCUGGACUGCCCACCAUAUACCGAGUCUGCGAGAACGACCUAUAUGAAUUUCUGUCCGCAGAACAGCGGGUCAUUACCUGCUCACCUAACGAGUUUGUGAUUGGCCGAUACUGCCGUACCGCCUCUGAUCCUUCUAUGCAACGGGUGAUGCUUGACUGGGACGAUCGAUUUCACACUAUUGCGCUUUGGUGCCCGCCCCGCACGCAGGUCCUCGCUGCUGAGGUUGGCGAGCAUCUGGUCAAAUCUUUGAUCAACAGUGUGACUCUUAGCAAAUAUUUUGCAUAUCACGAGCAGCUUCAUGUCCUUGCUGACCCACAGCCUCAGACGACGAGCAAGUACGUCACUUAUCGCUACAAGACAAACAGCAGAUUCGUUCCAGAUUCCUCUAUUGGUUUCCGCAAUGAAGAGUUCCUACCGCUGUGGAACUGCGUUAUUCUUGUUAGCUGCUGGGAGUCUCUCACACACAUGGAGGAAAAAGUCUCGCGAUAUCUUAUGGCAGAAAGAUGUCAGUCAAACAAGCGAAUUGACUGUGUGAUGCUGGUCAGCCUUCCAUAUCCUGGACUCUAUAAGUCUAACCAAGACUUCCGUAUCGAAAUGCAUGCGGACGUAUAUUUCUACACUGCCAACGAAGACAGUACUGGGAUUAAACGGAGGGGUCAUUCCGUUAUAACCAACUCGCCAAAGGCGAGAGUUGGCUUUGACCUGGCUUGGGCGCGUCCUGGUCUGAACAAGUUCAUCGAACACCAUGAUUGGCCCACUAAGGAGAGAAUGAUUCCGGUUAUAGCUGUUGAAGGCGAGAACUUCUAUAAGGAGUUUGUGGCUCCUCUCUUUACGCACUACGAGCAAGCCGGAAGACUCAUUAUUGAUCGGAGAAACAAAAAGCUCUGAGAGCAACGCGAGCUGGCGAGCUCUCAUGUCGUCUUUGUAUCAUAAUUAUGGUGCGGGUAUUAGGCGUUUGGUGGACCAGGUUGUUUUGCACAGUUUUUUCACAGAACUAUUAUGGUCUGUGUGUUUUUGUAGGUCAUUCGGUCUUGUGUUAUUAGGUGUUCGGUACUAUAAUUUGGCUUCUUUCUGCAGAUGGCUUGUUCUGCCAGUUAAUAAAUUGAUUCUGC